GGUACAGUUGUUUCCGCACGGAUCUUACGUUGGUCGUACAUCCGGGAGAACAUGCGAGCUUGAUUUGCUCCUCUAGAGUGAUUCAGUGAUGACCCGGUGGGCUCGAGGCAACAAUGUACACAAGAGCAAGCCGGCAGAGGCAACGCCAUGGAGCAUGCUGAAAGCCAACAGGAGUGAAGAGGGGGCAUCUACGAGUAGGAGGUCCGGGCCUCUGUGGCGCACCCAGCCCGAUCAGAGAGCCAGGAGGCCCAAUAAGAAGAAGAAGGACUAUGACAACCAAGACGUCAAUGGAUUCCUGGAAUACCUGCAGCAGGCGGGUGAAGCGCUUCCAUCUGGGGGCACCGACGACCGGGGCUUUAGGGAGGAGGUGGCGAUGGCGCUGAAGAAGGACCAGAGGCGGGAGAACAGGAGGGUAAAAAGGCAGCAUGAUAAGAAGAACAAAAUGCUCUGCUUCCACUGCAGGAAGCCGGGCCACGGGCUGGUGGACUGUCCCGAGGCCGACGGCGACGUGGAGAUGGGCCGGGGCAUAUGCUACCGCUGCGGCUCCACGGAGCACGAGAUCCAGAGGUGUCGGGCCAAGGUGGACCCCGCCCUGGGCGAGUAUCCCUACGCCAAGUGCUUCAUAUGCGGUGAAACCGGACACUUGUCGAGAUCCUGUCCGGAUAAUCCCAAAGGACUGUACGCUGCCGGCGGGUGCUGCCGGGUCUGCGGCUCUGUGGAACACUUCCAGAAAGACUGUCCUGAGAACCAGAAUUCAGCAAAUGCGGUGACUGUGGGCCGCCUGUCCAAUGCCAUGAGUGCCGACCACGAGGACGUUUACAUCCCAGUGAAGAAAGCCAAGCCCAAGUCUGAGAAGGUGGUCGUUUUCUGAGACACGCAGACCCACGCGUGGGUGGAAAUGGAACGCUGCUUUAAGGUUUCAGGACAGUUAAGACCUUUGAAAUGAAGGUGUUACCUGGAGACAUCAAACUGUCACUGUUCGAUUUUUGUGACGCAAAAAUCCCCCCCCCCCCCCCCAACAGGAAGAAUCAUCACUUCUUUUUGGAUUCAAAGAGCACAACCAAAUAAAUGCAGCGUUUUUGUUGUGACUUUUUCAGAAGGUCUCUUCUCAUCACAUUUUCAGUUCUGAAGAACUUCUUUUUCAUCAGAACUUGUUGCAUGUUAAAAGUGCUGCUUCUGCAUUUUCUCCCACCCAUCUGGAAGUUCUCUAACACUGCUACUCUUCCUCUGUUCCUGACGUUGCUCCAGCAGUUGAGGCUGGUGCCUUCAGUGACUAAAGAGGUGGUCCUUUAGAGAGGGGGGUCUUGCUUUGAAGCCUAUUACGUCGUGGUUGUUGUGGGACUACAUGUGCACAAACAAUAAGGUGCACAAGCUGUUUGCACCAUUAUUUGUAAGGUUUAAUAAUGUUUAUAGGAUCUAAAACAGAUGUGGUGACAUUUAUUAAAAUACAUACAUAAAUGUA